AUGGACGCAGCAAUGGUACAGAACGGCCCACCAUACCCCAGUGUUACAGCUGCGCUAGGCCUUACACCCAACACAAGCGUUGACGUCCCUAUCUGCUGUGUGUUCUUGGUUCUCUAUCUCAUCGCCGCUGCCAGUCACAUGACCAUAUUUCAAAUCAAUCGUAUUCGAAAACACAAAUUCAUCCCUAAUGCGGCAACAUUCGGAUUUUGUAUGGCUCGAAGCCUGACAUGUGCACUGCGAAUUUCCUGGGCAUAUAACUUGGACAAUGUACAGCUUGCCAUUGCUGCGGCCAUCUUCGCCAACGCCGGUGUGCUCGUGCUGUUUGUCCUUCUGCUCAUUUUCGCCCAGCGCUGUCUUCGAGCCGCCUUUCCAAAGCUUGGCUGGAGUCGACUUGUACACUACAUCUUUAUAGGCGCUUACAUUCUCGUGCCCUGCAUGCUGGUAAUGCUCAUAGUACCCAGCAUCUAUAUGCACUACACCCUGAGCACGAGUUCAUUAGACGCGUCUCGCGAUGCUCUUCUCGUUGGGUUGACCUACUUGUCCUUCUUCAGCUUUCUUCCGCUAGCCAUAACCAUCACCCUUGCCGUGCUACCAAGAGCCUCUAAUAGCGAGAACUUCGGCACCGGUUCUUGGGCUGCUAAGCUCUGGAUUGUUGGAAUCUCGUCCUUCCUUUUGUGUCUAGGGGAGGUCUUCAGGACAGCCGUGAACUUUAUGCCUGAGAGGCUGGCUUCUGAUCCCUAUUCUUUUGAGGACAGAGCAUGCUUCUACAUUUUCUACUUCACGGUUGAAAUUAUCGUCGUGUACACUUUUCUGUUCACGAGGAUUGAUAAGCGGUUUUGGAUUCCGAAUGGCAGCAAGGGAACUUAUUCAGCGGGGUCUCUUGAGGAGGAACUAUCGUCUGAACUCGGAAAACCCGAGGCUGUUUAA